UACAUUGCCCAAGCUGGGCUGAAACUUGUAGUCCUCCUGCCUCAGCCUCCCCGAGGGCUGGGAUUACAGGCUGCUCCACCGGGCACUCUGUGGUUUUGAUUAACGGUCAUUUGAAACUAAUUCGCAUUUCCCUCACGGUGUGUCUGGUGGCCAGCGUUUCGGCGGGCGCAGCGCGUCUGGCAUCUGGCGCGCAGGGCAGUUCGCCAUGCAGCGCGGGCAGCGAGCACAGCGCUCGGACGCCAGCCGGUGCGGCGGGAAGUCGGCCCGGAGCCAGCGCGCGCCACCUGCGGGCCGCGGGUCCGGAGCGCGGCGGUGGCCGGGAUGCGUGCUCUUCCGCCAAGGAGGGGCGGCUGGGACGGGGAUUGGAGAGGAGGAGGUGCCAGGUACGUGGCGGGGCGCGGGCGCAGGGGCAGCGCGUCACGGAGGCUCCGCGGGAGGCCGGCUGGCAGCUGUAGGAAGAACAGUUGCACCCAUUACUCAGGUGCUUACUCGCCCGUGCCCACCCGCAGUGCUGCUUGUCCCAGGCUGCUGGAGAGGAGACUGCUGUUCAGAGAGGGCGGAGCACUGCCCCGGCUUACACAGGAGGUCGGUACAGAAGCUGGAAUGUAAACCCAGAGUAACACACCGUUCUAACCGUGAACCGCGUAGACGCCCUUGGUGGAGAGACCGCGGGCCGGCGCAGCCUCAGCCCUCCGCGCUUCCCCGAGACCGCCGGCUGCAGCUACACCUCCGAAUAAGCCUCCCCUUGGUAUUUUGUGGCCCAUUUCCCACCACAGCGCGCAGCAGUACGAGCACCGAGCCGCUGGAGCAGCAGGCAGCGCAGGCAGCCUGGAGCCGAGGCCCAGAAGAAGAUGCGGGAAGAACAUUGAUUAAAGGACACAGCCACGUUCGGGAAGAAAGACACGAGUUGGAAGCCGAGUCAGGUUCUACUUGGCAAGCCCGGUGCCAUGGGCACAGCUGUGGUGCUUUGGCUGCAAGACCAAUCUGCGUGUUAACAGGACUUUUCUGUGGGCUUGGCGUUGUGUUUAUUUAGAAAUUUAUUCCAGUGAAGAUGAUGUGGGUGGGACACAUUUGUAACUGGGCUGCAGAGACAGGCGAAAAACAAGCCCCUGUCAGUGACCUCAGAACAGAGACCUGAAUGGAAGGAACGAAGGUCUG